CGAGUUGCAUGGCUGCACGCACACAAUUUUGUUUAGUAUUUGUAUAGACACACAGUAUAUUAUUUAGCUACUGCACUCUGAGUGAUUGACUGCCUCCUAUUAACCACUGGAGUGGCAGAGAGAAGGUCGAUACUACACAUCGUUAUUGCUCACUGAUAUAAUGGCCCCUAAAGACAUCAUGACAAACUCCCAUGCCAAGUCAAUACUAAACACCAUGAAUUCUCUACGGAAAAGCCAGACAUUAUGUGAUGUGACAUUGCGUGUUAAUCUAAAGGACUUCCCUGCUCACCGCAUUGUGUUAGCUGCUUGUAGUGAUUAUUUUUGUGCCAUGUUCACCAAUGAGCUCUCUGAGAAGGGCAAGCCAUAUGUGGAUAUACAGGGACUAACAUCAUCCACCAUGGAGAUCCUUCUUGACUUUGUAUACACUGAGACUGUUCAUGUAACUGUGGAAAAUGUGCAGGAACUACUGCCUGCUGCCUGCUUGCUGCAGCUGAAAGGUUUGCUUGGUGUGUGCCAUUCAGGUGUCAAGCAGGCAUGCUGUGACUUUCUGGAAUCUCAGCUUGAUCCGUCUAACUGUUUGGGUAUACGGGACUUUGCAGAGACUCAUAAUUGUCUGGAUCUAAUGCAGGCUGCUGAGGUUUAUAGCCAGAAGCACUUUCCAGAGGUUGUACAACAUGAAGAGUUUAUGCUUUUGCAUCAGGAAGAGGUGGAGAAACUUAUUCACUGUGAUGAGAUACAGAUCAACUCAGAGGAACCUGUAUUUGAAGCGGUUAUAAACUGGGUAAAACACAACAAACUUGAGCGAGAAAAAUCUCUUCCUCAGCUUCUUCAGUAUGUUCGCAUGCCCCUUCUAACCCCACAAUACAUUACAGAUGUGAUUGAUGCAGAGACCCUGGUCCGAUGCAGUUUACCAUGCAGAGACUUAGUGGAUGAAGCAAAAAAAUUUCACCUACGUCCUGAGUUAAGAAGUCAGAUGCAAGGACCCAGAACCCGGGUGCGUCUAGGUGCCAAUGAAGUACUUCUUGUUAUUGGGGGGUUUGGCAGUCAACAGUCUCCUAUAGAUAUAGUGGAAAAGUAUGACCCAAAGACCCAGGAGUGGACUUUUCUUCCUAGCAUAACACGCAAACGUCGUUACGUGGCUAAUGUGUCCCUUGGAGAUCGUGUAUAUGUCAUUGGAGGAUAUGAUGGACGAUCCAGGCUAAGUUCUGUGGAGUGUUUGGAUUACACCUCAGAAGAGGAUGGUGUUUGGUAUUCUGUGGCACCUAUGAAUGUCAGACGUGGAUUAGCAGGUGCCACCACUCUUGGAGACAUGAUUUAUGUCUCUGGUGGUUUUGAUGGAAGUCGACGUCACACAAGCAUGGAGCGUUACGAUCCCAAUAUUGAUCAGUGGAGCAUGCUUGGUGAUAUGCAGACAGCACGUGAAGGGGCGGGACUUGUUGUUGCCAAUGGUGUGAUAUAUUGCUUAGGUGGUUACGAUGGGUUGAACAUUCUAAGCUCUGUGGAAAGAUAUGACCCUCACACUGGCCACUGGAGCCAUGUUACACCUAUGGCAACAAAAAGAUCAGGUGCUGGCGUGUCACUUUUGAAUGAUCACAUUUAUGUAGUGGGGGGCUUUGAUGGCACGGCACACCUUGCUUCUGUUGAAGCCUACAACAUUCGGACAGAUUCCUGGACCACAAUGACCAGCAUGACCACACCCCGCUGCUAUGUGGGAGCCACUGUUCUAAGAGGCAGGCUGUAUGCUAUAGCUGGUUAUGAUGGGAACUCUCUUCUGAAUAGUGUUGAAUGUUACGAUCCUCUGAUUGACAGCUGGGCUGUAGUAACAUCUAUGGCUACUCAAAGAUGUGAUGCUGGUGUUUGUGUUCUCCGGGAGAAGUAAUCACAGGUGUUUAUUUCAGACAUAAGCUGCUUGUUUUUGCAUGUCACACAGGAUGUAAAAGAAGAAUAGUCCAAAAAUUAACUGAAUAUCAUCCAUCUUUAUGGUUUGCAGAAGUGGGUAGAAUAAGUACAAAAUUAAUGCCAUAAUAGGGAAGGUUUCCUAAAUCUGUGAAAGACAUCUGUCACCAGCAAUACUGUGAAACCAUUAAGUUUUGAGUUUUGAAUUGAAAAUCCUCUCUGAGUUACUUAUGAGUAUCAGUUUUUUUGUUUUUAUGUAAAUAUCUGUGGUUUUGUGGUACAAAUAAUUUCUUCACCAACAACAUUCAGGUAAAUUAUUAGUGUUAGAUUAGAGUGCCAAAUUAGAAGACAAUGCCACUAACCUUAUUGAGCCAUAUUGCUAAUUUCUAUUGCAAUUAUUUCAUCUGUGCCUUAAAUUUGACAGCACAUUUUCUUGUAUUAUUUGUAUAUUAUUUCUCUGUCCAAAAAUACAUUCCAAAAAAUAACUGAUUGAAUUAUGAGACAUUGUCCACAAUCUUAAAUGCCUAUAUUAAUUAUAGAUCACAUAUGACUGUAUCCUGCUUUGAAACCUGUGGUUGAUUUGUCUUUCUCAAUACAGGAUUUACAAUAGAUGCA